GUAGGCGGUCUCAAAAUGGGCUGGGCUGGGCUACGUAAAACUUGUCGCCUACAAGUCUUGCUAGAUAUUUGCUGUUGGCUAUCUAGGAUCUCAACAUCUCUAACAAGAUUGCGACUGAGCUGGCCGACCUGGCAAAACAACCUAGAUAAACGGGACAAUGAGUUUCAUGUCACGUUUGAGUGUUUGUGUAAUCGAACUGUCUCUGUGGUUGAUUGCAGAAUGUCAGUAUACGUGCCCACCUUGUCCACCUUGUCCGGAAGCAAGGCGGAAAGCGGAGAAUGUUAUGGAAUAACCUAUGAUGUUUGCAGAGAGUGUCGAGGAGUGGGCCAGACUACCUUGGUUCCCUGCACAGCUUACUCAGAUGCAGUGUGUGGCUGUGAAGUUGGAUACAUCUCUAACUCAACAGACAUAUGCCAGAAACAACUGGCAGUGACCGUACCUCCUAAUUUACCAGGUUCAACUCCAUAUAAUUGGGAAAAUGGACAGGAGGAUAAUGUACCAACAGAAAUAAUUAUCCUGCUUGUGAUCCUUCCAGUCAUCCUCCUAAUUAUGGGUGGUGUGUUGAUUUGCUUGCAUAGAUGGAUCUCUAGUCAAGAAUUCUGCAAGAAGGUCCCACGAUGGGGUGAACAGAAUGUGUGAAGUCACAGAAAAUGUCUCAAUCUGAAGAAAAGUGUUCAGAAUUUAAGUUUAUAGGACAGCCAAUUAGACCAUUUUAUCUGCUGGUACCAACCCUUCGGGCAAAGAUUUAACACCAAUUAAAAAUAACAGUUGCAAAGAGUCAUAUGGAAUCAGGACCAAGAUAAGGGGGUUUAACUCCCAAAAUAGGUUUUGGUGGUAAAUUACUCUUUAAAGUAUAUAGAAAAUAUUAUAAAGGUCUGAAGAAGUGUAGUAUUUGAAGCUGUGAUUUUUUUUAUCGUUUACUGUAUGACAAUGUAGUAUUAGUUUCAAACAAUACAAAAGAUUAAUUUUGUUACUGGCAGCUUAGCUAUAAUUUAGAUAUUACAUUUCAUUACAUGUUUUUUGUGUUACAGUUUUUUUUGUUGCACAUUUUAUGUUUAAUGUGAACAUGUUAGCUUAACUGUCUCUAUUCAAAGGUAUAAUCCUAUCUUUUUAAAGAGUGAAAACUAGCUUUAGGUCAGCAUUGUGCAUUAAAGAAUACAGAAAAUGUUAUUCAUGUCUGUAAAAAUUUAACAAUAGAAAACUUGGAAAAUGCACAGGCAACACAAUGCUAUGUUAAAUGUAAAGAAACCAAAGGAAUUAAAGAAUGGUAUUAUUUUGUUAGCUAACUAUAACUUAAGUUUGACAUAUCUACUUUUCAUGUUGGUCUAUUUUCAAAUCUAUUUUUAUGUAAGAUUAGUUGGUACUGAAACUCAGUGUCAAUCUUUUAAUGUGACGUUCUCUCUUUAAAUUUGUUGUUUUGUUGUGGAAAAAACAUCACACUGUUGUAAUUAUGAAGACGGUUAAUGAUUAUGGAUGUAUAUGAUUGAAAAUGAACUUCUUCAUCACCUUUUUUACUUUUAUAUGCUAUAUUACUGAAAACCAGAUGCAAAGCUGUUGACUGAUUAGUAUUGCCACUAAUAUGUAGAAGAUAUUAAGCCCAAAGUGCAAAUCUGGAUAAUUAAGGGCUGAAUGCGAGAGAAUACUAUGUGUAUAUUAUUCUUCCAUAGAAAACUACAAGGCCCAGCUAUCAUGAGGUAUAUUUAUGGCCCUAUGCCCAGAAACCUAGUGCAGCUUCAAGCCAGAGUGUAAGCCUAAAAGUGGGAGAAUUUUCUAUGCAAAAAAGCACCUGUAAUCUGAGUCCCUUAUGACGAGGGACCAGCUGGGUAAGAAUGCAUAAUGCAUUCUCUGACCAACAAGUAUUGUACCAAUGGUAGAACAUAAAAUUAUUGGGAAAUAAUAAGUCCGGAGAAAAAUUCCAGUCUGAUCCCGGGAUAUGCUCACGUUUGUUGGAAUCUCUGUCACUCUGAAUUCUAAUAAAGACUUUGCAUUAAA